GAAUUAACGUCAAAAUAUAUACAUUGGAUUAACAUUGGGUUUAGAUUGUAAAAACAAUCAACUUUUUGCGAUGUUUUUACAUACAUUAAACCAAUGUAAAUUCGCCAGAUGUUUUAAGUUCUGUCGGUAAUAAUUUUAACAUUAACCAAAUGACAUUGGAUCAACGUUGGUUUUGCAUUGGAAAAAAGAGCCAACGUUUGCAAUGGCUUUACAUGCGUUGGCCCAAUGUAAGUGUGCUAGCUGAGAUAUAUGGGUAUAUGUUCGCUUAUAUGUUUAAAAUUUGGAAUGAUGAAUUGGUCAAUUGAAGAAGUUUGUUUGCAUUUAGAGCAGAAAGGUUUUGGUGAUUUAAAAGUAAAAAUUAUUGAUGAAGAAACUGAUGGAAAAGCAUUGUUGAGUUUAAUGGAAACAAUGGUUUCAAAUUUGUGUGUAACAAUGCGAAAGCAAGUUAUGUUGUUGGAAAUAAUAAAGAAUCUUCAAGCACCGCCUGCACAACAAGUUACCUCUAUUGCCACAUUCUCUGCCUAUUGUUGAGGAUGAUUUAACUGUAGCAAAACAUCAUCAGGGUAUGUUAAUGGAAUAUCGUAGACUUCGUCCAGACAUGAAUAUGCUAAUUAAUCGCCAAAAACGUAGUUGGUUUGUCCGAGCAAAGGAUUUUGAUGGUCGAUUUUGUACAGUCGAUCUAAAAGCUAAAUACCCAUGGCUCUGCUCUGCUGAAUUGCUUCUUAGUGAAAUGAAACUAAGAUUUGGCAAAGAUCUAGAUAAAGAGCUUCAUCAACGGAUGAAGGGUAUGGAAGAUAAAAUCUUAACCUUGAUAAAAUUAAAGUGUAAAGACGGUUUUAUUUUUGAAAUAUUUGCUGAAAUUGAGCGUGAAAUUGAUGAAAGCACUAAAAAAGGUAAUAAAAUUUAAGUACUGUCAACUCUCGAUUUCUCGAACCUCCUCGGGACCAAGAAGUUAGUUAGAGAUAGCAAAUGUUUAAGUUAUCGAGAGUAUAAUCCAUAAAUUAGGGUUCAACAGGAUUCAAAAAAAGUUUGAGGUACUCAAAAGUUCGAAAUAUCGAGUAUUCGAGAUAUCGAGAGUUCAUUGUAUUACAAAAAGUUUCUGCUUUUCAUAGCUAAAUAAUUUUAAUGUUUUUUUU